AUGAUUGCAUUCAUAAUAUUUCAACUACUCUAUUCUGCAUAAAACACCAAAGUCAGUCAACCCAACAUUACAACAUAUUCGGAAGUAAUUCCAUCUUCGAACUUUUCCAAUAAAGUGAGAUAAACAAAACAAUUUGGUUAUACAAAGUAAUAUUUCAGAAUUGAUUGUAGAUAUCCUGGAGUAUUUGCAGUAUCCUUAAAGGAGAUUUUCGAAAAUAACACAGAGUAAUCUGCUGAUUUAAAUGGGUUGGAGAUUGAAGAAACUUAAUUUGGUACUUUCUCAGGAUGCUAUUCUACAUAAAGAAACAUUGGCAUUAAUUUUAACCUCUAGUUACAAUUGGAAUAAUUACUCACUUAGCCUUGGAUGCAUUUCACCGAUUUGGCCACGGCAGAUAACAAAUUUAAAGCAUACAUAGUUAGGAAUGAUUAUUCAAUAUUUCAAAUCGAUAUAUCUACUGCAUUAGGAGAAAUUAGUUUACAUCCAAAAAAUCAAUCAUUUAACAACUUAUUAAUACAUAACACCUCUAUGGUUGAUUAAUUUUACAUGCCUCAUCCCUACUUAAUAGAUGAUGAAGGAUCAAACAAAAUAUACGCCAUUACAGAAUUAGGAGGUGUGAGUUUUACUACAGAAGGAAGUAUAGGAGAUGCAAAGAUGGAGUCUGAAGAGAUUUAAUUAAGAAGACACAUAUAUAGUGUUCAUAAAAACUCAAGAGCUCAAAUCAUUAUUAUCGCAUGUGGAAGUGAAGGCAUUGAUUUAUAUGACAUCCAAAAUAAUGGUAAAAUUAAACAUAGAGCUCAAUUAACACCUGAAUAACUGGGCAUUGAGGAUGGUAUUAUUAUUGAUGUUGAUUCAAAUGACGAUGAAACCAAGAUUUAUCUUUUAGACUCAGAAUUUGGUUUAUAUAUCUAUGACAUUUCAGAUUUAAAUAAUAUCACUCAAGUAAUGAGCGUUCUUCUCCCGAACACCAAAACCUUUGAUCAUUACCAAAAUACAUUCUUUCUCAUUGCAAAAACUAACACUUAGUUGUAUUAUGCUGUAGAAAUAUUUGUUGACUUUUAAACUAAGUCCUAUUAUUACAAUAACUUGUAUAUAGAUGAAAUGAUAAUAAAUAAUGUCAAUGUAUUUGAGCACUACGCUGUUUUAAUUGGAGAUGAUGGUCACAAGAUCAUUUAUCAUUCAAUCUACAACAAAUUCAUCAAUCCAGCUGUUAAACAUCAAACCUACUUUUAAGAGGAAAACCUCCUUAAAAUCAAAGAAUAUGAUUUUUCCAAGUUUUACAAUUCCUCUAAUAGAAUCAUGGUUGGCAUAGCAAAACAUGCAUUUAAAUACAUCGAAAUAUCUUUUGAAGAUCCAAAAAUCACUUGUUAAUCAAACGAGGUUGUGCAAAAAUCCUACGUUGUAACUCUAAAUUCAACUUAAUGCGAAAAUAAAACUACACAUGCUGAUCAUUCUCCCUAUUCUCUUUGCUAAUUGACACAUUCAUUUGUAUACUAAUCUGAAUAUAACCCAGGAAACAAAUCUGUAUAUGCUUCAUACACCAUAACUAUAUAUGCACUUGUUGUUGGAAUAAUUUGGUUGGUCAUUGUCAUUUCAUAUCUAUAUAAAAAAUGGGCAUACAAAUUAGAAUUUCUUAAAUGGAGAAAAUAAAAGCUCAUAGUGACAUAACCAUUUAAUUCGGAAUUAGAGAUGCCAAACUAAAACAAUUGA